AUACGUUAGUGUGCGUCCACCAAACAUGUCGGCAUCUGAGACAACGACGAAGGAGCCUCCUGAAGGAAAUGACUCAGAAACACCAGCAGAGUCAUCAUCUAGACCAAGUCAAGUGAAGGAAGAUCAUGCAGCCUCCACCACCGCUGCUGCCGCCAAGAAGACAGAGCCCAUGGGUGGUAUGCCAUCAAUAUUGUCAUCACUGCAACCUGGAAAGGAUGCGUCCAGAGGUGCAGAGGAGGGAGAGAAAUGGUCGCCUGCUUCCUCCCCAAACAAACCUUCUGCAGGACACGCAGCAAAGUCCCUUUCAUUGACGCCCCCCUCUUCCAUGUCCUCACCUUCCACGUCUUCAACGUUGUCCCCUGGCCGAGCAAAGAUGAGCGUUUCCGGACCCGGCAGUAGUAAAUCCGUCCUGGCACCUGCUCCUUCCUCCUCCUCCUCUUCCUCCUCUUCUUCUUCCUCUUCCUCCUCUUCUUCCUCUUCUUCUUCGUCCUCUGCUACAGCUUCUUCGUCUCCUUCUGUCUCCCCCGGCCCCCCCAAGAUCCAUCGAGCCCGCAAGACCAUGAACAGGCCUCCAAUAGGGCAGAUGAGCCAUGUUGAGCGACCAGUUGCGCCUGUGACACCUUCAGGAUCCUCUGACUCUGAAACCGCUGCAAAAAAGAGAAAACUGGGUCACUUAUCUGACGGCUCACCUGUGAAGUCCGAGAACGUUCCAGAAAAUGCUCAAACUGUGGAAAAAACAUUAUUCCAUAAGAAGGUGGAACCUGUCACAAAGACGGCUCCAGAGAAGAGCAACAACAGCGUGGAGAAGUCUGAGGAGGAGGUAACAGAGAAGAGUCAGAUUUCCAGUCCGUCCACGCGAGAGUCAGAAAAGUUGGAAGAUGGUGGUGCAGAAACAAGGCAGCAAACUAAAGAUACGGAGGGGUCAGUGAACAUGUCAGAUCAUAGUUCAGAGUCUGAAUCACAGAAAGCUGUUCAGAGCAAAAACGAGAGCGAGGAGUCUUCGUGGCCGCAGUCAGACCAGGAAAAAGAGAGGAACACGGCUGAUGUGGUGGAGAUAGCAGGAGCAGGACGGUCGACCGAGUACACAGAAGUUCCCCUGGGCGCUCUGGACAUCGCUGCUGCUGACAGUCUGACACUUUCGCCUCAUCAUGAAGGCAGUGAUGCAGGAGACACAGAGCGGCUGGAGGAGCUUCCUCUGUGCAGCUGCAGGAUGGAGGCUCCUCGGGUCGACAGCACCAGCCACCGCAUCAGCAGGCAGUGUAUGGCCACCGAGAGCAUCAAUGGAGAGCUGAGGGCUUGCACCAAUCGGACUAUAAAAGGGGAGACGAUGCGGCCGUCCAGUCGGGUUCCCCUCAUGGUGCUUUGUGACGCCCAUCGCUCACACAUGGUCAAACACCACUGCUGUCCUGGCUGCGGAUACUUCUGCAUAGCGGGCACUUUUCUUGAGUGCUGCCCGGACCAGCGUAUCGCUCACCGUUUCCACCGGGGUUGUGUGACGGUGCUCGGUGGCGGGCGCAAUAGGUCAAAUGGUGGCGGCAUGCUUUUCUGUCCCCACUGCGGAGAAGACGCCUCCGAGGCCCAGGAGGUCACCAUCCCCUCCUUCAGCUCGGCCACAGCGUCAGCGACCACCGUUGUCACCAUGUCGGCCUCUUCUACCACUACGCCAUCUCUGCCGCCUUCCACCCCCACUGCGCCCUCCCUCACAGCCUCAACGGGAGGGAUGAAGGACGGGAAGAUGCCCGAGAGACCUGUCAGCGCUCGUAUGCGUAGUCACGGCUUGAUAACGCUGACAGUGGAGCAGCAGCAGCCUCCUCAGCCUGUCGCCUCUGCAGCCACUGUGCCCACUGUCCCCCCAGCAGAGGAGGGGGUGGACAGUGUGGGACCCUCUCUCUGUAUGCCAAAUGGAAAACCCAUCAGCCCCAGUGCACUUCCACCCGGGCCCAGCAGGGCGGCGCUGCAGAAGGCCAUUCUCACACAGGACACCGAGAGGAGGAAGAAACUGCGGUUCCACCCCCGCCAGCUUUACCCCGCUGCCAAGCAAGGAGAGGUGCAGAGAGUCCUGCUCAUGCUGAUGGAGGGCAUAGAUCCAACAUACCAGCCUGACUCUCAGAACAGGCGCUCUGCGCUCCAUGCUGCAGCUCAGAGAGGACUGCUGGAAGUCUGCUACAUACUUAUACAGGCCGGUGCUCAGGUGGACGCCCAGGACAAAGACCUGAGGACUCCUCUGCUGGAAGCGAUCAUCAACAAUCACAUUGAGGUGGCUCGCUACCUGAUCCAGAAUGGCGCCUGCAUCUAUCAUAUUGAAGAGGAUGGAUAUACUGGCCUUCACCAUGCAGCUAAGCUGGGAAACCUGGAGAUUGUCAACAUGCUUCUGGAAACGGGGCAGGUUGAUGUAAACGCACAGGACAGCGGUGGCUGGACGCCGAUCAUCUGGGCUGCAGAGCACAAACACGUAGAGGUGAUUAAAGCGCUGCUGAACAGAGGAGCUGAUGUCAGCAUUAAUGACAAGUCCCCUCUCUCCUUUCAGGAGCUGAACGUGUGUCUCCACUGGGCAGCGUAUGCCGGGAAUGUGGACAUAGCAGAGCUGGUGUUAAACUCUGGCUGCUCCCUCUCCUCCGUUAACAUGCACGGAGACACGCCGCUCCACAUCGCCGCCAGAGAGGGCUACCUCGAAUGUGUUACGUUGUUCUUGUCCAGAGGGGCCGAUAUCGACAUCAUGAACAGGGAAGGAGACACACCUCUCAGCCUCGCACGUGCCGACACGCCGGUGUGGGUGGCGCUCCAGAUCAACAGGAAGUUGAGAAGGGGAAUAACCAAUCGCAUGCUUCGGACUGAGAGAAUCAUCUGCAGUGACAUUGCGCAGGGCUACGAGAAUGUCCCAAUUCCCUGUGUGAACGCAGUGGACGACGAGGGCUGUCCUUCAGACUACAAAUACGUUUCGGAAAACUGUGAAACUUCAGCGAUGAACAUAGACCGGAAUAUUACUCACUUACAGCACUGCAGCUGCACAGAUGACUGCUCGUCCAGUAACUGCCUCUGUGGACAGCUCAGUAUCCGCUGCUGGUACGACAAGGACCAGCGGCUGCUUCAAGAAUUCAACAAAAUUGAGCCUCCGCUUAUAUUUGAAUGCAACAUGGCAUGCUCCUGUUACCGAACGUGCAAGAACAGGGUGGUGCAGGCCGGCAUCAAAGUUCGCCUUCAGCUCUACAGGACAGAGAAGAUGGGCUGGGGAGUUCGAGCGCUGCAGGAUAUUCCUCAGGGGAGCUUCAUCUGCGAGUACGUCGGGGAGCUGAUCUCUGACGCAGAGGCCGAUGUUAGAGAAGACGACUCCUACCUGUUUGACCUUGACAACAAGGAUGGGGAGGUGUAUUGUAUCGACGCCCGUUACUACGGCAACAUCAGCCGCUUCAUCAACCACCUGUGCGACCCAAACCUCAUCCCAGUGCGGGUGUUCAUGCUGCACCAGGACCUGAGAUUCCCCCGCAUCGCCUUCUUCAGCUCCAGAGACAUCCUCAGCGGACAAGAGCUGGGAUUCGACUAUGGAGACCGCUUUUGGGACAUUAAGAGCAAGUAUUUCACCUGCCAGUGUGGAUCAGAGAAAUGCAAGCACUCAGCUGAGGCCAUCGCCUUGGAGCAGAGCCGACUGGCUCGACUGGAGGCUUGUCCAGAAACGGGAACAGACUGUGGGAUUAGCAUGAUGGGAAACUCUUAAAACACUUAACCAUUGGGCCUUAGGAUUAACAUUGUCAAUUUCACAUGCGCGCAGUGUCAUUGGAUAUACUCUUUUAGGGUUUUAUCAUGUUUAAAAUGUUGUUUUUGAUGCAUGGUGCUGUUUCUUCUACUUGAAAAGUCCUUUUUUUCCUCCAAAACUCGCUACCUUACUGUUGAUUAUUUCCGCCUGUGGUUUGGGCCUUAACAUAUUUUUCUGGAUAUAAAACACAAUUUAUGAGUCUAUACAUGCAGUUUGUUAAUUGUACAUCACUAUGUUUGUUUGCCUUGACACAUGAAGUUGUGCAUUAGUGAGUCUGUCGUCAUGUAACUGUCAUACACUUAUAUUUUUUCUGUUGUGCCAAAAACGCAAUGCAUUUUUGAUACAGUACAGUGAUGGGUCAACCCUUAGCCCAAUUCUGGACUCACUAAGGACCUGAGGGAUAGUGUUGGAUGAUUAUGUCAGUUUUAUUUUCUUUAUUUUUAUACACAUUGUUUUCUUUAUCAAAUUUAGUCUAAUAAAUUAGCUCAUUGAUCUUAA